CCGAGCUCCCCAACCCUCUCAGUGCAACUCUCUGCCAUGAUAUCCGAUGGCAAGACAUCAUCGCUAUGGAGAUUAUCCACCAAGCAGGAAGGAUCUUGGGCAAAAAUGCGAACGGGCCGCUCGCGUAACAUUGGGCUUUUUUGGUUGAUUUGCUCCAAGAAUAUGCCAGUUGAUCUGGAAGCCCAAAUAUCCUCCUGACCACCAGCAGUCCACAGUCCCCUAUUCAAGCAAAACACUGACACGACGUCAUCAGCACAUAUCAGCCGGUAUAGGGACCACAUACUUCAAAUCCGGCCAAGAUGCCAGCAGAGCUCGACGGAAUUAAGUCUGCGGACAUUGACUCCAACAUCAGAUUGUUAAUCGACGCCCUGGUCAACAUUAAAGAUGAGACAGGCAAGUUCCUAUUGACUCUCGACGAUGGCCGCGUAAUCGACACGAAGGGGUGGAACGACUGGGAAUGGACACACGGCAUCGGUCUCUACGGCAUCUGGCAAUACUACGAGCUCAAGGGCGACCCUGAAUGCCUGCAAAUCAUCGAAGACUGGUUCGCCGACCGGUUCGUCGCCGGUGGCACCACCAAGAACAUCAACACCAUGGCCGUGUUCCUCACGCUGGCCUACGUUUACGAGCGUACCGGCAACCAUACCUACCUGCCGUGGCUCGACAGUUGGGCCGAGUGGGCCUACCACGACCUCGAGCGCACCAAGUAUGGCGGCAUGCAGCACAUUACCUACGUAGAAGCCAAUGACCAGCAGCUGUGGGACGACACGCUCAUGAUGACGGUGAUGCCGCUGGCCAAGAUUGGGCUGGUGCUCGACCGCCCUCAUUACGUCGAGGAGGCCAAGCGCCAGUCCCUCUUGCACAUCCAGUAUUUGUUUGAUGCCAAGUCCGGCCUGUUCUUCCACGGUUGGGAGUUCAACGACAAGGGUGGCGGGCACAACUUUGCCAACGCCCGCUGGGCCCGCGGAAACAGCUGGCUGACCAUCUUCAUCCCCGAGUUCAUCGAGCUGCUGGACCUCGGGCCGCAGGACCCUAUCGGGGCCAUACUGCGGAGCACACUUGAGGCGCAGUGUGAAGCACUCAAGUCUCUCCAAGCCGAGUCUGGGCUGUGGCGGACGCUACUGGAUGUGCCGGAGAGCGAAGGGUCGUAUCUCGAGACGAGCGCCACAGCCGGGUUCGCGUUUGGGAUCAUGAAGGCGCUGAGAAAGAAAUACAUCGUCGGCAAGAAGUACGAGGAAAUGGCGGUGCGCGCGCUAAUGGGGGUUCUAGACAAUAUUAGCGACAAGGGGGAGCUACUAGGUACCUCGUUUGGGACGGGCAUGGGGAGGGAUUUACAGCAUUAUAAGGAUAUCCCGAUUACUUGUAUGCCGUAUGGCCAGGCUAUGGCCAUCAUGGCUCUUGUGGAAUUCUCGAGGAGGUUCAUAUAG